AGAAGAGGGUUUUUUUAAAAAAAAAAUUGCUUCAACAACUGCGAAAGGACAAGAGGAACCAGAAGAAGGAGUUCAUCAGAAGAGUGUGACUCCGGAGAACUUAUUUUUGGGAGAUUCUUACAUCCCAGGAUUAAAAUGGAAGAGAACCCCUUCCCAGUCUGGCCCAAAGAAGAAGACCCAGAAAAGGUCAGAAAAGUUCUUGGUGGCCUCCAGAAGGUUGUUGCCCUCAAACCCCAGGUAGAUGAGGAAGGAGGAGAUCCACAGUUGGGGUCAGUGCCUUCUGGGUUUAUUGGACACCAUCCCCAAAGGACAUCUCAUUGGGGGAAAGAAGAAGUAAGAGAGGGUGUGACAGGAUGCUGGGAAGCCCAGUUGCAGGUGUUCCUGAAGAAUAUGGAGUCCCCUGGUUCCAGCUGGAGAUCCGCGCCCUUGGCAGAGGAACCCGCCCCAUGGGACAAUGCCAAGGCAUUCUUGGACUCCUUUGAGGAUGUGGCCAAAGCUUGCCGGUGGCCCAGGGAGGAAUGGGUAGCCAGGCUCUUGCCGGCUCUCUGUGGAAAGACCCAACAGGUCUUUGAUGGAAUGGUGGCCAAGGAUAGGAUAGAUUACGGGAAAGUGAAAGCAGCCAUUUUGCAAGGCGAUGCCCUGCAGAGGGAGAAACAUCGUCAGCACUUCCGGCAUUUCUGUUACCAGGAGGCUGAGGGACCUACCGCGGCAUACAAUCAUCUCCAAGAUCUUUGUUACGGGUGGCUGAAAGUGGAGAGACACUCUAAGGAGCAGAUCCUGAAGCUGUUGAUCCUGGAGCAAUUCUUGGCGAUCCUGCCCACGGAGAUUCAGAGUUGGAUCUGGGAAUGCAGCCCCGAGACUUGCUCCCAAGCAGUGGGCCUAGCCGAAGAGUUUUUUCAGCAUCAACGAGAGGCCAAGGAGUGCUGUGGAAAGCAGGUCAACCUCGAAGAGAGCUCUGUGCAUUCCUCCGAGACCGGCCAGACUCCCCCUGAAACAGAGCAGAAGCAACUGUAUGCCAAAACUAAGCAGGAAGACGCCGGGGAGAUGAAGAACAAAGACAAGGUGGAUCCCUGUGAGAUGCCUUCAGAAACCAACCCUAUCAAAGUCCUCAAAGAAAACCUAUGGAAGCAGGAUGGAUCAAACAGAUCUGAGGGGAUGCCGCUAGAGAAAAGGAGUGAUGUUGCCAUUUCCUGUCAGGAGGGAGAUGUCUGUGAAGUAAUCAUUCCGGGACCAUCAAUGGAAGAGAGAAAGAAACAAUGCCCGGGUGACCACUGGAGAAUCCAUUUAAAGGAGAAACCCAACAAGAACCCAAGUUUUGGGAAGAGCCUUCAUCAGAACAGCAACCUUGCCAAGUGCGGUGUGAAGCCCUACAGAUGCUUAGAAUGUGGGAAAGGUUUUAGUCAAAGCACCCAACUCACCUCCCAUCAGAGGACCCACACGGGGGAGAGACCCUACAGUUGCCCAAACUAUGGGAGGACUUUCAAUCAGAGCACCAGCCUGAUUCAACAUCAGAGGAUCCACACCGGGGAGAAACCCUACCAAUGCUCCAAGUGUGGGAAGAGCUUCCACCACAGUACCAGCCUGACCUCCCACCAGAGAAUUCACACGGGGGAAAAGCCAUACCGUUGCUUGGAUUGCGGGAAGGGCUUUUGUAACCAGUCAGGCCUCAUUAACCACAAGACCAUUCACACGGGGGAGAGGCCGUACAAAUGCUCGGAGUGCGGGAAGAGUUUCAGCCAGAGCACCCACCUUACAUCGCACCUAAGGAUUCACACCAGCGAGAGACCGUAUAAAUGCUCGGAUUGUAACAAAACCUUCUGCGAUCAGUCGGGACUUGUUAAACAUCAGAGGAUUCACACAGGGCAGAAACCCUAUAAAUGCCUGGCGUGUGGGAAGAAUUUUAGCCAAAGCACCAAUCUUAUUAGGCACCAGAGAAUCCAUACGGGAGAGAAAGCCCACAAAUUCACCUCCCCUUGUAAUGCGAGGGUUGCGUCCCAGUUUCAAAUGCCUGCCGUUUCUAAGGCUUAAUACAGGUAGUCUGCAAUUGAGUCCAGAAUCUGUGUUACUAAGUAAGUUUUGCUCCAUUUUACGACUUUU